AUGGUACUUGUCCUGACCUUGGAGGUCAUGGAGGAUCAGAUGUCCACGUGUACCCAGGGCCAGAACCAUGUUGCUGUUAUUAUUUCUGGAGGGGUGGCCCUGCUCCAGGUCCCCAAAGGAGGCGAGAAACAGAAGCUGGGGGAUGCCUUACACACCUCUGGGAAUGAGGUGCCCAGAGGGGAGUGCAGUGGCCCAGCCACCAUCAACAACAGCUCGGACACUGAGAGCAUCCCCUCUCCACGCACUGAGGCCACCAAGGACACAGGGCAGAAUGGGCCUAAGCCCCCAGUCACAGACGGGCCCCCAGCCACCGAGCCACCACUUCCCCCAGAGGAUGCUGUGGCCCCUGCUGAGCCUGCCCUGGACCCCGAAGCCAGUGGCCCACCCACGCCCCCACCGUCCCCGUCACCUGGUACAGCCCCUCCUGUGGUCCCCAAGGAGGAAGAAGAGACGGCAUCCACAGGGCCCCCAGUGGAGGAGGGGGAGGAGCUGAAGCCCCCUGUGGCUGAGGAGCUGGCCCUGGACACAGGGAAGGCAGAGGAGCCACGGGCAGCCCCAGAGGAGCCAGUCAAAAGCAUCAAGAGCGAGUGCAAAGAAGAGGCAGAGGUGGAGGAGGAGGGGGGCGUGGACAAGGGCAAGGGUGCCGAGGUUGGCCCUGAGGCUAUCCCUGAGGGUCCACUCAAGGUGGAGACGAAAGACGCUGGGAGCAGCAAGGCCACUGCGGUCAAGGGCUCAGGUGCCCAGGACAGCGACUCGAGUGCCACCUGCAGUGCUGAUGAGGUGGAUGAGCCUGAGGGAGGUGACAAGAACAGGCUGCUGUCCCCGAGGCCCAGCCUCCUCACCCCGACCGGUGAUCCCAGGGCCACUGCCUCACCCCAGAAGCCGCUGGACCUGAAACAGCUGAAGCAGCGGGCAGCCGCCAUCCCCCCCAUCGUCACUAAGGUCCAUGAGCCCUCCCGGGAGGAUACAGCACCCCCAAAGCCAGCUCCCACUGCCCCACCAACACCACAGCACCUACAGCCGGAGAGUGACACACCUCAGCCACCCAGUAGCAGCCCCCGGGGCAAGAGCAGGAGCCCUGGGCCUCCUGCCGAGAAGGAGGCAGAGAAGCCCCCAUUCUUCCCAGCCUUCGCCACCGAGGGCCCAAAGCUGCCUGCCGAGCCCCCGUGGACUUCAGGCCUGCCCUUCCCAGUGCCGCCUCGGGAGGUGAUCAAGGCUUCACCGCAUGCCCCAGACCCCUCAGCUUUCUCCUACGCACCUUCUGGUCACCCGCUGCCUCUGGGCCUCCAUGACAGUGUCCGGCCCAUGCUGCCACGCCCCACCACCAUCUCCAACCCUCCUCCCCUCAUCUCCUCCACCAAGCACCCCAGCGUCCUCGAGCGGCAGAUGGGCGCCAUCUCCCAGGGAAUGUCGGUCCAGCUCCACGUCCCAUACUCUGAGCACGCCAAGGCCCCAGUGGGUCCCAUCACCAUGGGGCUGCCUAUGACCAUGGACCCCAAGAAGCUAGUGCCCUUCAGCGGAGUGAAACAGGAGCAGCUAUCCCCACGCGGCCAGGCCGGGCCACCUGAGAGCCUUGGGGUGCCAACAGCCCAGGAGACAUCUGUGCUGAGAGGGACAGCCCUGGGCUCUGCUCCAAGCGGGAGCAUCACAAAGGGCCUCCCUGGCCCUCGGGCACCUGCGGACAGCCCCAGCUCCUACCGCGGCUCCAUCACCCACGGCACACCGGCUGACGUCCUGUACAAAGGCACCAUCAGCAGGAUCAUGGGUGAGGAUGGCCCAAGUCGCCUGGACCGUGCCCGGGAGGACCCCCUGCCCAAGGGCCAUGUCAUCUAUGAGGGCAAGAAGGGUCACGUCCUGUCCUACGAGGGUGGCAUGUCUGUGUCCCAGUGCUCCAAGGAGGAUGGCAGGAGCAGCUCAGGCCCGGCUCACGACAGCCGCCCUAAGCGCACUUACGACAUGAUGGAGGGCCGAGCGAGCAGGCCCCUGUCCUCGGCCAGCAUUGAAGGGCUCAUGGGCCGUGCCAUCCCACCCGAGCGGCACAGUCCCCACCAACUCAAGGAGCAGCACCACAUCCGGGGCUCCAUCACACAAGGAAUCCCACGGUCAUACGUGGAGGCCCAGGAGGACUACCUGCGCCGGGAAGCCAAGCUUCUGAAGCGUGAGGGCACGCCGCCACCCCCGCUGCCGCCGAGAGACCUGGCUGAGGCCUACAAGACCCGACCCCUGGAAGCCCUGGGCCCGCUGAAGCUGAAGCCAGCUCACGAGGGCCCGGUGGCGACCGUGAAGGAGGCAGGUCGCUCAAUCCAUGAGAUCCCACGCGAGGAGCUACGGCACACGCCCGAGCUGCCCCUGGCCCCACGGCCCCUCAAGGAAGGUUCCAUCACGCAGGGCACCCCGCUCAAGUACGACAGCAGCACAGCCUCCACCGGCUCCAAGAAACACGAUGUGCGCUCCAUCAUUGGUAGCCCCGGCCGCACCUUCCCACCCGUGCACACGCUGGACGUGAUGGCGGACGCCCGGGCCCUGGAGCGUGCCUGCUACGAGGAGAGUCUGAAGGGACGACCGGGGGCCGCCAGCAGCACGGGGGGCUCCAUCACACGCGGGGCCCCUGUCGUGGUGCCCGAGCUGGGCAAGCCACGGCAGAGCCCACUGACCUACGAGGACCACGGAGCACCCUUUGCUAGCCACCUGCCACGUGGCUCUCCUGUGACCACGCGGGAGCCCACCCCGCGGCUGCAGGAGGGCAGCCUCUUAUCUAGCAAGGCGCCCCAGGACCGCAAGCUGACAUCGACGCCCCGGGAGAUCGCCAAGUCCCCCCACAGCACUGUGCCCGAGCACCACCCCCACCCCAUCUCCCCCUACGAGCACCUGCUUCGCGGCGUGAGUGGCGUGGACCUGUACCGGAGCCACCUCCCGCUGGCCUUCGACCCCACCUCCAUACCCCGCGGGAUCCCUCUGGAUGCAGCUGCUGCCUAUUACCUGCCCCGGCACCUGGCUCCCAACCCCACCUACCCUCACCUGUACCCGCCGUACCUCAUCCGCGGCUACCCCGACACCGCGGCCCUGGAGAACCGCCAGACCAUCAUCAACGACUACAUCACCUCGCAGCAGAUGCAUCACAACGCAGCCUCCGCCAUGGCCCAGCGCGCGGACGUGCUGCGGGGUCUGUCGCCGCGGGAGCCCUCGCUGGCCCUCAACUAUGCCACCGGCCCACGAGGCAUCAUUGACCUGUCCCAAGUGCCACACCUGCCUGUGCUGGUGCCCCCGACGCCAGGCACACCCGCCACCGCCAUAGACCGCCUUGCCUACCUCCCCACGGCGCCCCAGCCCUUCAGCAGCCGCCAUAGCAGCUCCCCACUCUCCCCAGGAGGUCCCUCUCACCUGACAAAAUCAGCAGCCACGUCCUCGUCGGAGCGGGAGCGGGAGAGGGAGCGGGAGAAAUCCAUCCUCACAUCCACCACGACAGUGGAGCACGCACCCAUCUGGAGGCCUGGUACGGAGCAGAGCAGCGGUGGUGGUAGCGCAGCCGUGGGUGGCAGCAGCCGCCCCGCCUCCCACUCCCAUGCCCACCAGCCUUCACCCAUCUCCCCCCGGACCCAGGACGCCCUGCAGCAGAGGCCCAGUGUGCUGCACAACACUAGCAUGAAGGGCACUGUCACGCCCGUGGAGCCCAGCACGCCCACAGUCCUGAGGUCCACCUCCACUUCCUCACCUGUCCGCCCGGCGGUCACAUUCCCACCCGCCACCCACUGCCCGCUGGGCAGUGCCCUCGAUGGCGUCUACUCUACCCUCAUGGAACCCGUCCUGAUGCCCAAGGAGGCUCCUCGGGUCUCCCGGCCUGAGCGGCCCCGUGCGGACACUGGCCACGCCUUCCUCGCCAAGCCCCCAGCCCGGGAGCCCGCUUCCUCGCCCAGCAAGAGCUCCGAGCCCCGGUCCUUAGCACCCCCCAGCUCCAGCCACACUACCACCACCCGCACCCCAGCGAAGAGCCUCACGCCCCUCCACGCCAGCCCGGACCCGCCAGCACCCGCCUCGGCCUCCGAUCCGCACCGGGAAAAGAUUCAAAGUAAACCCUUUUCCAUCCAGGAAUUGGAACUCCGUUCUCUGGGUUACCAUGGUGGUGGCUGCAGCCCCGAUGGGGUAGAGCCUGUCAGCCCUGUGAGCUCGCCCAGUCUGACCCACGAAAAGGGGCUCCCCAGGCACCUGGAGGAGCUCGACAAGAGCCACCUGGAGGGGGAGCUGCGGCACAAGCAGCCAGGACCCAUGAAGCUCAGUGGAGAGGCUGUUCACCUCCCCCACCUGCGGCCGCUGCCUGAGAGCCUGCCCUCAUCCAGUCCACUGCUCCAGAGCGCCCCAGGGGUCAAAGGUCACCAGCGGGUGGUCACCCUGGCACAGCAUAUCAGCGAGGUUAUCACACAGGACUACACACGACACCACCCGCAGCAGCUCAGCGCCCCCCUGCCCGCCCCCCUCUACUCCUUCCCUGGAGCCAGCUGCCCUGUGCUGGACCUCCGCCGCCCGCCCAGUGACCUCUACCUCCCACCCCCUGACCACGGAGCCCCGGCCCGCACCUCCCCCCACAGCGAGGGGGGCAAGAGAUCUCCGGAGCCAAGCAAGACGUUGGUCCUGGGCACCAGUGAGGAUGGCCUUGAACCCGUGUCCCCACCAGAGGGCAUGGCGGAGCCAGGGCACCCCCGGAGCGCAGUGUACCCGCUGCUGUACCGAGACGGGGAGCAGGCGGAGCCCAGCAGGAUGGGCUCCAAGUCUCCAAGCAACACGAGCCAGCCGCCGGCCUUCUUCAGCAAGCUGACGGAGAGCAACUCCGCCAUGGUCAAGUCUAAGAAGCAGGAGAUCAACAAGAAGCUGAACACCCACAACCGCAACGAGCCGGAAUACA